AACCAGGGCUCCUUGCCACAUGAUGCCAACACAAGAUUUCAGAAACGCUCCCUUCGCCCACCUGCUGGUGGCCAUGUUCGGAAUGGGGUCUUGGGUUGCAGUGAACUCCUUGUGGGUUGAGCUUCCAGUGGUAACGAAGAUUCUCCCUGAAGCAUGGAAUCUGCCGGCCUAUUUGACAGUACUGAUUGCCUUUUCAAAUGUUGGCCCCUUAUUGGUCACCCUUGCUCACAGGUUCUCCCCGGGCCUGCUGAAUGAACGUUAUCUUAUCCACUCCAUCCAAGCACUGGGUGUGAUCUCCUCCGUUGCCUUAGCACUCACCUGGGAUCGGACUGUGUUGGUUGGCAGAAAGCAGCACAGUGUGGCCUUCUUGACCCUGGCCUUCGCCUUAGCCUUGGUCUGCUGCACUUCCAAUGUCACCUUCCUGCCCUUCAUGUUCCGCCUCUCAUCCAAGUACAUCAGGACCUUCUUUGUAGGCCAGGGCUUCAGUGCUCUCUUCCCAUGUGUGGCAGCCCUAGUGCAGGGUGUGGGCCAGUUGGAGUGUCGUAACAGCUCAGCUGCCAAUGGCUCCCAAUCCCUCCAGCCACACUACCUUAAGGAGAACUUCACAGCUAGUACCUUCUUCUGGCUUUUAGUGGGGCUAAUGUCUAUCUCCCUGUUGGCCUUUGCUGGACUGGCCCGAAAAAGCAACAACAAGCAGCCCACUACCCACGUCAACAAGGAAUCGUGCCAACUGACCACGGAGAGUCAGCCAGCCCCCAAAACACCAGCUCCGUUCUGCACGGCCCGUAACGUCUACCUGCUCAUCUUGCUGGCCGUCUCCAAUGCUCUGACCAAUGGGGUGCUGCCAUCAAUCCAGACCUACUCCUGCCUGCCCUAUGGGAGCACCACCUUUCACCUGGCAGUGGUGCUUGGGAAUCUCGCCAAUCCAUUGGCCUGCUUCGUUGCCAUGUUUGCACUCGCAAGGUCCAGUAUUGGACUUGGUGUCCUGGCAUUUCUAGGGUUACUGUGUGGAGUCUACAUUUUGACGUUGGCAGCAUUCAGUCCAUGUCCCCCGCUGCUUGGGAACUCGAUGGGUGUUGUUUUAGUGGUGAUUGCAUGGAUGCUGUUUACCGGCUUGUUCUCCUACCUGAAAGUGGUGAUUGGCAGCAUCCUCCAUGAGGCAGGUCACCUCGCCCUGGUCUGGUGCGGAGCAUCCAUUCAGGUCGGCUCACUGAUCGGUGCCUUGGUCAUGUUCCCAUUGGUUAGUGUCUACCAGCUCUUCACAUCGGGGCAGGCGUGUGUGGAUACCUGUGGGCAGUGACUGGCAGAGAAGACAUCUUAUCAGACUGAACCCAGAGGAAGCCUCCAAACCACAGCAAAGACUAAUUGCACAGGCAAAGGAGCCUAGAGUGUAUUGUGCUUGACAAUGGAUAACACAAGGAUUUUAAACCCUGCUAGAAGGUGCUCUAUCUCUUUGCAAUUGGGCCUGGAUUUCUCCUUCACCCAUUCCAUAUCCCUCCCACUUAAAUUUCAUCUCCCAACACUCCUUUUAUCCCUUUUUGGUCUGUAUUCAGCACUGUUUUUAUUUUAUUCCAACCCUCUCUUUUCCCCAAUCCACCUAUGGGUUAAUCGUCAUUUUAAAAAUUGAAGACUGUGAUUGACUCUGACUCUGUAUUGAGGCAGCACGGACUGGGGAAUACUGGCUCUCCUAUAAAAGGAGCUAGUCAGUAUUUUAAAUGCACAGCUGGGGAUUGUUAUCACUUUCUUUUGUUCUUCACUUCUCCAUGCAAAUGGUGAGGAAUAAACAGCUAUUUAUGCUGCUGGAGUUGUGAUUUUAAAGAAGAAACUGCAACAAAGUACAGGUUCCUCACGAGAAUGCUGCAGUACAAAAAAGCAUCAGUGUUGAAGCCUUGCUAUUCUGUAAGCUAGCAGCUCCUCAGCUGGGCUUCAUUUGCCCAGGACAGGCAUUCCCGUUCCUGCUCCUGCCCACAGUUGGGUUCACUUUUUUCAUGCUCCCUCUUCCAUCUACAUAUGUGGACUUGGUGAGGGAAAAUUGCAGCGUCCUGUGUAAUGCACUCCACAGUUCAUUAAUUUCUUCAGAAACCUGGAAGCAGAAGCAACUGUAUCUUGAUGUGUUAGUAUUGUCGGGCGAAUUAAGGGGGUGGUUUAAAGGAUAGGGUAAAGAAACAAUAACUUAAAGUUUUCUUGUUCCUGAAGAUUGUGUGGACCUUUUUCUUCUUUUAAAUUUUAAAAGAAAAAUAAAUACAUUUAUUUCUCAAUUCAAA